GUUAUAUAAUACAGAGGAAAAUCUGUAAGUCGAUGAGCACCGUUUUCACUGUUGAAACUGACUUUAAUACCUCAUGAAUCUACCUCAAAUACAACUUUGUUUUCUACACAACACAGUGAGCCGAUGUGUCCAUUAAUCAAUACCUCAGCCACAUUGCUGCGCCUGUUGUGAACCAAGCCUGUGUUUCGGUAACGCUAGAGAUGGCUUCGUUUCCAGAGUCGGACCUGCAGACUUGCCCGCUCUGCAAGGAGCUGUGCGGCUCCUCUGCUCCUAUUUCCUCCAGCUCUUCUACCUCCUCAUCUUCCUCACAUACCUCGUCCUCCUCCAGCCAGACCACCAGGAGGCUCCACGUCCUGCCGUGUCUCCAUGCCUUCUGCAGGCAGUGCCUAGAGGGCCAGCGCAGUCCCGGGGACCCGCUGAAGCUGCGGUGCCCCACCUGUGACCAGAAGGUGUCCAUCUCUGAGGCUGGGGUAGACUCCCUGCCUUCCUCCAACUUCCUCUUCAGCAACCUGCUGGACGUGGUGGUGAGCUCAGAGGAGCAGAUCCAAAACAAGAAUGGCCACCACCACCGGGGAGGUUUAGGUGGAGGCUCCUCCAGCUUCCAUCACCCUCACGCAGGCCUGCUGCACCCCCACAACCUGGGAGAGCCUCAGUGCAGCUCCUGCGACGAGGAGAACCCAGCCACCUCCCACUGCCUUGACUGCCAGGAGUAUCUGUGUGACAACUGUGUGCGGGCACACCAGCGGGUGCGGCUGACCAAGGACCACUUCAUCGAGUGCUUGGCAGACAGUCUCCACCUGGGCCGGGUCAACGCCAACAGCAACUCAGGCCAGCCAGGGGUGCCGGUGUCCCUUGCGCAGUCCCUGCAGAACAACUUUGCCCUGCUGUCCCUCUUCCAGGAUCGCAUGAGCUACUGCCAACACCAUGACAAUGAGGUAUUCCUGUUCUUCUGUGAAACCUGCUCAGUGCCUAUCUGCAGAGAGUGCAGUGUGGGCCGUCAUAUUGGCCACACCUUCGUUUAUCUGCAAGAUGCCGUACAGGACUGCAGGGCCAUCACCAUACAGCUGCUGACAGAUGCACAGCAGGGACGACAGGCCGUGCAGCUAAGCAUGGAGAAGGUUCAGGCCAUGGCAGAGCAGGUGGAAAUCAAAGCCAAGGUGGUGCAGACUGAAGUGAAGGCCCUCGUCCUCAGACACAAGAAAGCACUUGAGGAGAGGGAGUGUGAACUACUGUGGAAGGUGGAGAAGAUCCGUCAGGUGAAGGCCAAGUCUCUGUACCUGCAGGUGGAGAAACUGCACCAGAGUCUGACCAAGCUGGACAGCACCAUCGCUGCUGUCAGCCAGGUGCUAGAUGAGGGCCGCCACCUCGAUGUGCUGCUGGCCAGGGAGCGAAUGCUCACUCAGAUCCAUGAACUCAAGGCUCUGAGGGGCCUGCUGCAGCCACAAGAGGAUGAUCGCUUCAUGUUCACUCCUCCAGACCAGGCUCUGUACAUAGCCAUCCAGUCCAUGGGCCUCAUAAGCAGCGGAGCCUUUGCCCCAGUCACCAAAGCCCAUGGUGAGGGUCUAAAAAGUGCGCUUCGUGGAAAGCCCGCCUCUUUCACCGUGAUUGGAUAUGACCACGAUGGUGAGCCACGUCUUUCCGGCGGGGACACAGUGUCAGCAAUAGUCAUGUCAGUCACAGAUGGUAACCUGUCUGCAGUGGAGGUAACGGACCACCAGAAUGGCUCGUACACUGUCAGCUACCUACCCAAAUGUGAGGGGGAGCACCUUGUGUCAGUUUUGGUGUGUAACCAGCACAUCCAGGGCAGCCCCUUCAAGGUAAUUGUGAAGUCAGGGCGAAGCUAUGGCUCCCUGGGCUCCCAAGUGUCAUCCUUCGGGUGCGAGGGCGAGGGAGAUGGUCAGCUGUGUCGUCCUUGGGGCAUCAGCGUGGACAAGGAAGGAUACGUGGUGGUGGCCGAUCGCAGCAACAACCGCAUACAGAUAUUCAAGCCUUGUGGUGCCUUCCACCAUAAGUUUGGCUCUCUGGGAUCCCGGCCUGGUCAGUUUGAUCGUCCCGCAGGGGUUGCAUGUGACAGUCAGAGGCGAAUCAUUGUGGCUGAUAAGGACAAUCACCGAGUGCAGGUGUUUACUUUUGAGGGCCAGUUCCUGCUGAAGUUUGGGGAAAAGGGUACCAAGAACGGGCAGUUUAACUAUCCGUGGGAUGUGGCUGUCAACUCUGAGGGUAAGAUCCUGGUCUCAGACACCAGGAACCACCGGGUACAGCUCUUUGCCCCUGACGGUUCUUUCCUCAACAAGUACGGCUUUGAAGGGGCCCUUUGGAAACACUUUGACUCUCCCAGAGGAGUGGCCUUUAACCACGAAGACCACCUGGUGGUGACCGACUUCAACAACCACCGGCUCCUGGUCAUCCGGCCAGACUGCCAGUCAGCUCGCUUUCUGGGCUCUGAGGGCACCGGGAACGGGCAGUUUCUACGCCCGCAGGGCGUUGCUGUGGACCAGGAGAACCGCAUCAUCGUGGCAGACUCCCGCAACCACCGGGUCCAAGUGUUCGAGCCCAAUGGAAACUUCUUAUGCAAAUUUGGCACACAGGGAAGUGGCUUUGGACAGAUGGAUCGCCCCUCCGGUGUGGCUGUGACGCCUGACGGAGUCAUUGUGGUCGUUGACUUUGGAAAUAAUCGCAUUCUCAAGUUCUAAAAAAUGUUUAUUUUUACAUUCUCUCCCUCCGUUAGUCCUUUUGCAUUUUUUUUUGAUGAAGGAAAUGGAGUAGAGAGAAUGAAUCAACAGACACAACAGGAGGAGAGCUCAGAGAGGAUUGAGAGCAUGUUGAAAUGAAGGGAAAUUAAAACUGUAUUUUUAUUUUUCAUUUGCAUUGAUAUUCUCCCAAUCAGAAAUCUGUGGUAUGUAUGACAAAGGGGACCUCUACAAAUUGAUAAUCAGUAGAAAAAGAGCCAUAUUUCCCUCCCUCAGUCUCAGCUCUGAAUUCUCUCUGGAAGCUCUCCUUAAUUAUCCAUCUCAGGGAAUUUCUCACUUUUCUUGAAAUCUUGUACCCUCUGCUCCAUACCUACCUCAUUUAGCUCUUUAUGAAUGUACUCAUACUCACUGAGCAGGGGUUUUAGUCCGUGAAGUUUUACAAAGAAGAAAAGUCUACCUCUAUACUUUGUUAUUUAAUAGAGACAAAAAGAAUAGACUGUUCAGUUAAUAUUUGCACAGGAUUAAUGGAAUUCUUGCUGUGCAUUUUGAAAUAUGAGUUAAAGUGAACCUCCUGAAUGUUGUUGCUGAGACAAUACUCAGACCGCUGUAGAGGCUGCAUGAUUUAUUCUCGUUAGUGGGUUUCGCUUUAAGAGGAAACUAGGGUACAGUAGUGUCCUUUUCAUGUUGUUAGGCUACUUAGUUUUUUUGCUUAUGCAUCGACGCUUAUCUCUCUGUGGCUUUGUGAAGUUUGUAGUGUCAUGAUAGCCUGAAAAGAGUGCACCAAGCGAUGCCAAACAUGAUAGAAUCAAACUUAGCCCAGAUCACAAUAGGACUAAUUAAAAUGACCAGUACUUUUCGAGCUCUCCCUCUAGAUUUACGAGCUAAUGCUGAUUUGAUGAAUUCAUUGACAAGUAUAAUGACAAGUAUAAUAUAGAGUUGAGGAAAUGAUCUCAAAAAUAUCCCUGAUAUGAGCCCCAAAAUAAGCCCUGUUUGAUUAUCCAUAUCCCCCCCACCCACACCCCCACCCCAAUCAUGCCACGUAAGUCUGGAUGAAGUAAUGUCUCUGAUAAAAUAAGACAACCUGUGUCGUUACUAUCCAGUUAGUUGCAUGAACAACUCGAUUAGAAUGCAAGGAGAGCUGCGUCUCCUUCAAAAGGGAGGACCCACCAAAGGAUUUUGGAGAUGGAUUUUCCAAGAUCAAGAUCGAUUGGUGAUGUUAAUGUAGAUUUAAUCAUAUAAUUAAAUGACACCUUUUUGGAGAGGCAUGCUGUGUAACAAAAGCCUCACAAGUAGACCCCUUAUUCGGCUGUCCAGAGGACAUUAAUGACAUCAAAUGAAAGACCUACCAUUACAAUCCUUUGGAUUUAAAUUGUGGUUGAAAGCCACUCCCAUGGCUCCUUGGGCCUAGGAUUUAGUCCAGUCCAAUGAGAGGGCGUGAUCAGAAAGCCCUGCCCUAUUUAUUGAUCCUUGGAGUUGAGGAGACCUCUCCAGAUUGAGCACGAGUAGACCGAUUCCUCUAAUGAUGGAGGUCUAUAGACCAGCUACUGGAGUCAACCAAAGUUAGAAUUUCUGCACAAUGGCCAACUUUAGAUUUGGCAAUGAAAGAAACUAAAACUCCCCUUUACAACAUUAUCUUAAAUAAUUUUGCUGGGAAGACUAAAGUUGAUAAAACUCAUGGAGUUGAGUUCAUAGCACUGUCCAUGUUAGGCUUAGAAGAAUGAGGUGUGCUUGGGGCACAGUUUAUUGUGCUUGAGUACUUCACAUCCUGCUAACACCAAGACCCUUGUUGUGUGAGACAGGUUUUGAAAGAAAAUCAUUUUCGUCUGUCUGCGGAGAUGUUUGUGUAGACAACAGAAGAUACCUGCACCAAAGAGACCCCCUUUCUCGCCCUCGCAUUUAUUGCCUCAGACCAUCAAAUGAUGCCCCAGUUUUAUCAUUAUUAGAUGGCCCAUAGUUUCAAAGUAGCAUCUCAGAUUAGCCUUUGUAUCCCACUCUAAUUACCAUUGAAACUAACUGACACUAACCCUUAGUGAUGAAAGCAUUGUGUGGUUUUAAUACCCCUUGUCCAGUUUCUUCGUUUCCUUGUUCAAUCUGUGUCCCACUGGAAGCACUAGACAAUUAAGGUUCAGUUAGCCACUUCCUUAGCCUAGCAAAGAGUCUUGGGACCUAUGAAAAGAUUCUCCGACUGACUCUGACCUCUCAGGAGGAGGCCUGUCUGCACAUCUGUCAUAUCUCAGACAUCCUGGACCUCAACGGUCAUUUUACCUCUUUUUUUAAGUACCUCAACUUCUGAAUACCUCAAAUAUGUCACUCAUUGCUACUGUGCAUUUAAACAUCCAAAUACCUCAACUUGUUACUCAUUCUGAAUAACUCAUUUUUACUCUAUUAUUUAAGCAUACCUCAUCAGAUAUUUAUGCAUUACAAAUAUACCUCAUAAAUCUUGUGUUACAGUACAGUACACGUCCCAAUAGCUCUAGGACCAAAGAUCAUGGUACUGUUUUGAGUUGAAAUGAAAUUUGCAUUGUGGUCAUCGCUCCAUCUUCCAACCCUCUACUGUAAAUUGCCUGGUAGUUUAUGCCUUUUAUCAUCAAGAAACCAAAUAUUUCAGAUGAAAGCAUUGUGCCAAAAUGAUCUGUGAGAGUUCUGUGCCAAACAGGGUUGGCAUUCGGACCACGCUGUUGUAGACGACAAAUGUCACUGGACCAUUACAUCAUAGAUGCAAAUGUUAAAUCAGAGCACCUGAGAAUAAAUCCUCGCUCUCUGACUGGAUGCACUUAAGAGGGCUGGGCCCCAUUUAUCUUUACCUCAUGAUGAUGAUGAUGAUGAUGACGACGAUGAUGAUGAUGAACAUGCAGAUUCCACUUGUACAUUGUUACUGUGCGCAAGGGGUGAGGGAAAGAGGACCUGGCCUCUUAAAGAGUUAGGAAGAUCUUUACAAAUUCGCUUUUAAAUGCACAAGAAUUACCUCUAAUUUCAGCACAAUUUACCAAUAUUUCAGUGUGUAUUUAAGGAUGCUUGAUGUUGGUUGUGGACAACCUGAGGCAAGUCUAAACUCAACCAUUCUGAAUGUGUUCAGACAAACACAUCAGAGGAUUACGCCCAGCGGGUGACAACAGGCUUUUAAGUGGGCCUAUUAGCACAUUGAUGGCAAGCCAGUCUGACUCCACACACCCUGCUGCUUUGAACCCAAUACCUGGUUUCACCAAUAAGAUUGCUUUUUUGCUUUUCAGUAUUACUCUGUGAAAUGUUCAUUCAUGUUGCAUCCACUUUCAAGAUUGCAGAAUCCUAUCUUUAAGAUCCUUAGGUCUUCACUCUUAAAGAGGUUAAGUGUAUUUUAAACCUUUAUUUGUUUUUCAUUUUGUUGCAUGCUUUAAAAAGUCCUUGUAUAAUAAUGGCGUCUGUCAGAUAGGUGUUGCAAAACUCAGAUGGGGGCUGAAUAUUGGGAUGGUUUUUACCAAAAUAUAUACCCAAAGAUGUGUAUGUGUGUUAGGAUUGCGUUGGAUGGAAUUAACCUUUGACCUUUGCGAUUGUAUUUCCUGUUCUCACGAGGCUCUGCAGAGCACAACCUGUUCAGCCUGCCAUACCUUGAUUCCUGAAAAAAAAAAUAGAGGCAGAGUUUUCACAUGAAUGCAGGAGGCUGGUGCUUUUCUGUAGCUCGCUAUAAUAUGCAUAAUAUGAGUGGACAUUAUCGUCCUUUCACGCUCAAGCCCUGUAAUGUCAGGAAGUUGUAAAACCUCCUGCUGACUGUAGAUUAACCUUACCAACGAUGAUGAAUCCAUUUUGUGUUUGACCUAGUGAUGGGAACUCUCUAUCACUGUCAUGUGAGGAGCAGCUAGGUUUCUCCAGCACAAACUAGCAAUCGGCUCCCUUCCUUGGCUUUUUAAGAUUCCAGGAAGUGUGGUGAUGGUUGCCGAGCAAGGGAUUGGUUGACUGCACUCCUG